CGCCGCCUCAGUUGUCGUCCGUUGCCCGGUCGUUGUUCAUCUCCUGUGCGGCACCAUGCUCAACCCGCCCGACACCUGAUAGAAAUGAGCGCCAGACUCGUCUUCUUGGUUUCUCUGUGGCUAUGCUCGGCUCUUGGACACCCAAUCACCGUGUCGCCCCGGCAGUCAUCUAGGCCAACAGACGAUGUCCUGGCCGGCGAGGAAUUCCUCUCACUCUUUUACAGUGACAGUCCUCGACCUUCUCCACCGCGGGCCGCAUCCAGGGUAGCCAACAACGAGCCCCGCUCCCAGCCAACGGACUCGCGCUUCUUCGGCGAGAAACUCUCGUUCCGGAAGCGGCUUUUCAACCGGAAGUUCGGGGACACCGAAACCGGAAACCGGAAGUUUGCGCCUCGCAAUCGCUACGAGCCCAUCUCGCCGACGCUUAACAGUUUGCCUACCACGCAGGCGUUCUCACCGUCCAGCUUCCGACCCACAGAAGAGUCGACGAUAGAGCCUCUCACCAACCAGGACAACGCCAAGAAUACGAUUAAAUAUGACGAAAAGACAACGUCGGUCAGUGUUUCCACGUCCGUCACCAGAAACCAGGACCCACCGGCUCGCACCCCGGACGUCCAGGAUGUGCCUUCUCCGACGGCUCUUCAGCGCAGCUCUCUGAAUAUAGACGAGAGUGAAGAGUUCGUCGUGGGGGCUCGCCAGGACAUCCUCAGGGUCACCAACAGCCCCAGACUGACCUCCACAAGGACGUUCGCGUCGCAGCCCGCCAAGGGUCUAGUUCCUAAAGCGCCAGAAUCUGUACAUACCCCCGAAGAGGGCGCUAGAAACCUAGAUUUAAGAAAGCCAGAACCACGCCAGUCGGAGGCCGAGACCAAGACUUUCCAGUUCGCAGUUUCAUCCGAGACUCGCGGCGCUAAUUUUAAGAUAAGUAGGGCGGAGUCAAAGCCCGAAAAAGUGCAGUAUGACGAGGCGUACGAAGCAUACGAUACUCAAGAUCCCGCCGGAUACUACGACGAGAAGGUCGAAGGGGAGAAAACCGCCAAGUCACUUUUAAGGCCCAAGAGCGAGCCAUCGGCGAAGAACCUUCCCAUCGUUUACAGCGAGCCCGCGAAAGUGUACGGCGAGCCGGCGAAAGUCUACUCGGAGCCGGCCAAAGUAUACUCGGAGCCAGCUAAAGUAUACUCGGAGCCGGCUAAAGUCUACGGCGAGCCCGCCAAAGUAUACUCGGAGCCGGCCAAGGUAUACUCGGAGCCGGCCAAAGUCUACGGGGAACCGUCCAAGGUUUACUCGGAGCCGGCCAAAGUCUACAGCGAGCCGGAGAAAGUCUUCAGGGAACAGGAGAACGUCUUCAAGGAGCAGGAGAAAGUCUUCAAGGAGCAGGAGAAAGGUUACAGCGAAACGCUCCAACGAAGCCAAUCUCUGGAGGAGGAGAAGAAAGAGAGCAGUCAGGCAGGGCACGUCCUGGAGACGUCCAACUACAAGAAGUACCGGGUGGAAGAGAAGACGCCGGAUGGGUUCAUCGUGGGAGAGUAUGGAGUCCUCGGCCACGAUGGGGGUAGCCUCAGAGGGGUCCGUUACACCGCCGACAGCGAUACGAACCCCUCACUUAUCUACGAUGCGCUAGUGAAAUUCCUGAAGUUGAAGUAAGAUGACCCGAGGGUAGAAGUCUAUGAAAACAUUUCAAGCGAUGUUACCUCUUUAAGUGUUGUGCCUAGCAGCACUUGGAAUUUCAGGCUGUGUUGUGGACGUCUACUCCCGGUAGAUAUGAUGGAUCUUAAAGAAUGUGCUUAUUGAGGAGGGCAGUGAGGUCCUUUAAUUUUGAAAAAUGAUUUAGUUUAAAUUUACGUACAUAUUAUUAGACGUCUGCAAGAUAAUGCCUGAAAUUACGAAUUACCUGUGAGUAUCUAACUGUAUCAAAUGCCCAUGAUCAGAAGCUCUCGGCAAUCUCUCAUAAAAUCAGUAUCAAGAUGUGGAUGAAUUGUUUCUAAGAGAAGUGUUUACUGGAGUUUAAAGUUUGUAUGAGAGACAAAUUUAGCUGAGAUAGUAAACAUUUCUCAUAGAAGCAUCGUGAUUUGACCUACAGAUGAAGAGGUGUCUUAUGUAUGAAUAGACUGUUUUGUACGUACAUAGCUUUUUGGAACUUUAGGGAUCUAACUUCAUCUAGAGUGCCUUCCACUAAUUAUCUGACUAGAUUGAAUCUCAGGUCUCCUUUCCCCGAGGUUAAUACUAAAAUCGUGGACGGUAAACAUUUUAAAGGUGUGACAUUCUAGCAUAUCGAGUCUUUUUAAAGAAAAAUUAUGACUUUCAGAAAUUAAAAAUACAUGGAGAGUCAAAAGUCUGUUUUUGCGAUUUUACGUGAGUUCUACAAAUCUGAAGAGGUCUUGUAUGAUAAAGCUCACGCACAAUGAAGAAGGGAUUUUGCGUAACUUUGUUAAUUUAUAUCAAAGUAUUUCUUUUACAAAUUUUGAAACUUUCUUGGCUCUAUAAUGACUUAUUUUAUGGAGAAAAAACUGCUCGGUAGAUUGAGAGAAUAUUUUAAAGGUGUGAAAUUUCGAUCGAAGGGAUUUCAUGAAGAUCUUGAUUUUGUUUUGUAUGCUCGGUAAUCUCGGUCGAGCAAGACUAGCUGAAUUUGGGAAGGGAUUUUCCAACACUGAAAAAAUCAACGAAGUUGAUUCUAUUGUAGUUGUUGCGGUUCAUGUUGUCAGAAGUUAUAGAGCACCUUAAUUAUUGCGUUGUAUGCGAUUUGAUUUCGUGCAAUAACUGAGUGUGCAUUCAUAACUCUGUGAAGUUUGCUCAAGUGUCUUUAAUUUAUUUAUUUUGAUUAAUUCCUGUGAUAUUUUCUUUUAGUUCUUCUGUAUGUAUUAUUUCCUCCGUAUCAGUAAACGUCGAAUUUUUUUUUUAAAAUCUAAUGAAUCAAUCGAACAAAUUUUUACUUAUAUUGAGGUUCAAUAAUUAUGUUAAACCUUACCGGAGGGAACUAUAAUCAUGUAAUGAAUUUUAUACUUUUCAAUUAAAUGUCAAUAUCUUGUAAGGAAACAUAUGUCAACAGUGUCAGUAAUAUUUUUAACAAUCUUACAACUUAUUUUAUUUCUUUGUGUAUAAAUCACUUGUAGGCUUAAUUUAAUGAAAACUGUAUCUAUUUAAGGCUGUAAGGUACAAUAUUUGUAAACUUAUCUGAAAAACUGCUGCAAUCUUCUGGAAAGACACGUUCAACGUCUGUGCCCUGGUGAUGAACUCCUAACUCUCACUUUUCUUGCAGCUUCCUUGUGGUUUUGUCUGCGCAAUCACUCGAUUUGUCUUAUCGUCAUAAAUUUGAAUCAAAACAAAUAUAAUUUAAGUGCCAUGUGAUACUUUAA